AUGUAGUAGACAGGUGUGGUCAUGUGGUAAGAGUUGUAGUUGUAUGGGAAGCAGAAAAUAGUAUUGCGUAAAAAAUGAUGAGGCGUGUUGCUGUGGUAACUGGUGGAAACAAGGGUAUCGGCUUUGCCAUUGUCAAAGCCCUCUGUCAACAAUACGAUGGAAAUGUUUAUUUGACGGCUCGCGAUACCGCUCGCGGCUUGAAUGCCGUCAGUGAAUUGAAAAAGCAAGGUUUGAAUCCGAAGUUCCAUCAAUUGGAUAUCAAUGAUGACAACAGUGUUAAUACAUUCCGGGAUUAUUUGCAGAAUACGUAUGGUGGCCUCGACGUGCUGGUUAACAAUGCUGCCAUAAUAUUUCACAGCGAUGCUACGGAGCCUUUUGGGUUCCAAGCGGAAGAAACUAUACGAGUAAACUACUUCAGCUUGCGUAGAAUGUGUACUGCUCUCUAUCCAUUACUCAGACCACACGCUCGGGUGGUUCAUGUCUCGAGCAGUCUUGGAUGUCUAUCACAAAUUACUGGUGAUGACUUAAAAAAGAAAUUAACCAAUCCAAAUUUGACUGAAACAGAAUUGGAUAAAAUCAUGCACGAAUUCGUCGAUGCUGCAAAAUCUGGUACGCAUUUACAAGUCGGAUGGUCAGAUUCAGCAUAUGUGGCGAGUAAAAUAGGCGUUAGCGCCUUAGCCGGUAUUCACCAAUCCAUGUUCAAUGCGGAUCUCCAAGAAGACAUUGUGGUGAAUGCUGUACAUCCUGGUUACGUAGAUACUGAUGGUACUUUGCAUAAGGGAAUUUUGACACCAGAUCAAGGGGCUGUAGCUCCUGUUUACUGCGCAUUGUUGCCGAAAAAUACAGAGAUAAAAGGAAAAUUUAUCUGGUACGAUAAGACAUUAGCAGAUUGGAAGUAAGCAUAUGUAACAGAUGGUAAACGGGUUUGUACCACUCCUACAAUGCAUAACAUGUUCAAAUAUAUAAGUAAACAAAUACGUGAAUGUUAAAUAAAUUAUAUCUAUAACAUAUUUAAUAAAAAAAUAGAGUAA